CGUAAGGAGAAAAAAGGUUGUUGGAACUAGCUCGCCUCUCAGUCUUAGUCUCUUACUCUCAACUCUCAACUCUCACCACUGGUGGCAGUCACAAAAAUGAAAUAAAAAACCAAUAAAGCACAGAGAACGCAAUAAUCCACUCCUUCUCUGUAGUUAUCUCUUUGUUUGUUUUAAUUAUUUAUCAUUAUUACCAUUUAUGAGAAACCCAUUUUCAUUUUCCUAAACGCCAUUCUUGAUUCAUCACUACUUUUGUUGCCCUUAGUGUCUACUCUCUGCUUCUUUCGGUUGCUUUGCUUGCUUUUUCGAGUGAGGGCUGGACUUGUAAAAUGGAGAGAAAACAAGGAUUCUUUUCAGCGUUAAAAGAGGAGGUGGUUAGAGGGUUGUCACCGGCGAGGACAAGAGCGAAAAGUCCGGCGAGAAGUGCGUCUCCUAUGUCGAGUUUACUCAGGCGAAGAAGAGGUAGGAGCAAUCACCACCACGUGGCGCAACCAGAUUCGGUGAUUGUGAGAUCGGGAAGUCUGAGACCGGUGGAGGCCUUAUCGCCGUUGAAGGAAGGGCCUGAUCCGGACGGAACGGAAGGUGGAGAUUCGAGGAUGGAAGGGAGGUGGGCCCACUGGAUGAAGGGACAGCUGGUUAGAGCUCCGUCAGUCUCGGGUUCUGCGUGUAAACGGUCGGAUCUAAGGUUGCUGCUCGGAGUCUUGGGUGCGCCGCUUGCACCUGUGCACGUUAGCACUGCUGAGCCAUUGCCUCAUCUUAGCAUCAAAGACACUCCAAUUGAAACAUCAUCUGCUCAGUACAUAUUGCAGCAGUACACAGCAGCAUCAGGUGGGCAGAAGCUUCAAUCUAUCCACAAUGCUUAUGCUAUGGGAAGGGUAACAAUGAUAGCUUCCGAGUUUGAGAAGGGUAACAAGGUUACGAAGAAUCGGAAUUCCUCUAAAGGUGCAGAGUCGGGUGGGUUUGUGCUGUGGCAGAUGAAUCCAGAUAUGUGGUAUGUGGAGCUAGCGCUUGGUGGCAGCAAGGUUCACGCCGGUUGCAAUGGGAAGCUUGUGUGGAGGCAUACACCUUGGCUUGGAGCACAUGCUGCCAAAGGGCCUGUGAGACCUUUGCGUCGUGCUCUUCAGGGUCUUGACCCAAGAACGACAGCAAGUAUGUUUAUUGAUGCAAGAUGCAUUGGGGAGAAGAAGAUCAAUGGAGAGGAUUGCUUCAUUCUAAAGUUAUGUGCAGAUCCUGUAACACUGAAAGCCAGGAGUGAAGGACCGGCUGAGAUCAUAAGGCAUGUUUUGUUUGGUUACUUCAGCCAGAAAACCGGGCUGCUUAUCCACUUGGAAGAUUCCCAUUUGACCCGCAUCCAGAACAAUGGAGGUGAUGCCGUCUACUGGGAGACCACUAUCAACUCGUACCUGGAUGAUUAUAGGCCUGUUGAGGGAAUUAUGAUUGCUCACUCUGGUCGUUCUAUAGUGACCCUUUUUAGGUUCGGGGAUACGGCAAUGAGCCAUACGAGGACUAGGAUGGAAGAAGCAUGGGCAAUUGAAGAAGUGGCUUUCAAUGUUCCAGGCCUAUCAAUGGACUGUUUCAUUCCCCCUGCUGAAUUAAGAUUCAGUUCUGUCAGUGAAACUUGCGAGCUCACUCAAGGUCAGAGGGUUAAAAAUGCGGUGGCGGCAGCAGCAUAUAGAGUUAAAGUUGCUGCAUUAGAGAAGUCUCGUGACGGCAGCUUGAACAACAUCGCAUGGAGGGCAAAUGUAAGUGAAUAAGUGUUUGUGGCAAACUAUGGUACAAAUAGGCUUAGAUUUCUAGUCUUACUGUACUGACGUAUGUAGAAGGUCAACUGUAAGGUAGGUGCUUAGUUGUUUGCAAGUUUUGGCACUGGAUCAAUGUCUCUCUGAAUUUGUAAAUAGAUCAAAUUUAAUUAUGGUGAUUCUCCUAAUGGAAACCAGUGCUUGGGUUUUAUAUAUGAUAUAAUAGAUCAAGAAAAGACAGACCCGGCUAGCGUCUAGCUGAAGGAAGUAUGUUUUUAAGGUUUAGUUUCCUUGCCUAGGAGUCUUGUAAUGGUAACACGUGAUUAAUUUCUCAGUUGGAUUAACCUAGUAUAAUAUAUGUGGUCUCUGUAAAAUCUUUUCAACAAAGAUUUUAAAAUAUGUUAACAGUCCUUCGCUUAUAGGUAAUGCCAUCUAGUUCUUUCUUUUGGGA